AUGAGACCAGAGGGGACUUUCAAUGGGACUUUCACUGUUGAUGACGGGCAUCCCUGCUUUGAUUCACAUGAUGGAAAUUAUGUAUUUACAAGCCAUCCCUCUGUAGCAUGUGUAUUAUUGUAUAUCUUUCUUGGCUUGUUGUCUCUUGUCACAGUAUGUGGAAACCUUCUUGUCGUGAUCUCUAUUAUUUAUUUCAAACAGCUCCACAUGCCUACUAACUACCUCAUCCUCUCCCUAGCUGUGGCUGACCUGCUUGUUGGAAGUUUAGUUUGUCCUUUGAGCAUGGCGUACACUGUUACGUCCUGUCGGUAUAAUCCAGGUUUUUUCUACCGAUAUUAUGCAGUAUGUCAGCCUCUGUUUUAUAAAACUAAAAUAACUGAUAGAGUUACCGGGAUUAUGAUCCUGAUAAGCUGGUUCAUUGCUGCUGUAAUCGGAUUUGGCAUCAUGGUUGAAGGUCUAUAUCGAGGCAGAUGUGGAGAUAGUUGUUUAAUUAAUGCUGUAUUAUCGAUCAUCUUGGCAUGUAUUUUUGCCUUUUAUAUUCCUGCCAUUGUCAUGCUUAGUAUUUACCUGAAAAUUUUCCUUGUUGCACAGAAACAGGCAAACAGCAUCCAGAACACAACCUGUCAGAACAAAAAGUCUGAAGCAACUGUCAGUAAGAUGGAGAGAAAAGCAACCAAAACUCUGGCUAUCGUGAUGGGAGUCUUUCUUGUCUGCUGGACUCCUUUCUUUUUUUGUAUCUCAUUUCUUACUCCCAUUAAGGCAUCAGUGCCCCUUCCUGUGUUUGAAAUAAUGAACUGGAUCACACUAGUAAACUCAAUGUUU